CAUUUUGCAUUUUUGUAUUUUUGCUUUUUUUUUUAGUAGCAAGAAUUGCAUAAAGAACAAAACUAUUGCAAUCUGUUUUCUCUAAUACUCAUUUUCAGCACUAACUGUUAGUUGCCAGGGAAAAGAGGUAGUCAGCUUUACCAGCACAAAGAGGAUUGCAGAGCAAUCCUGGUUAUUUUACAAACUAAAUAACACUGCAAUGCAGUCAGCUAGGAGAGAAGAAAAAUACGUAUACUCAGCUGCUGUAGUACCACCAGUGCUCCAUGGACUAGUACAAAGGUUUCCUGCUGCAGCGACGUGGCAAGAAUGAUACCUGUAUCUGUUUAUAAGAAAAACUCCUGCAGAAAACUCCAGCUGACGUAACUGCGUUCUGUUCCUGCCGAGGCCCCGCUGCCUUCGAUUGCCUUCAAAGCAGGACUGAGGAGCAUCAUGUCAGCUCAAGAACGGCAACAGGCACAGCCCUCUCUGCCCACUUCAACCACUUCUUCUGAGGCUUCAGAGUUGGAUGCUGCAAACAAAUAUGAAACUGUUGUUCCCCACUGGUUUUACUGCAAGGUCAUGGACUCUAGAGAGCGAUGGAUCCCCUUCAGCACACAGGAUUCGGAGAGGCUGGAAGAAGCUCACAGCUCAGGGAGAGACAAGGAAGAUCUGAUAGUCCCAACAUCAGGGGGUAGGUACGAUGUGCAUUUGAAGAAGAGGCAGCGCGUUGCAGUGUACUGGGAGGAGGAGGUAUCUGAAGUGCGCCGUUGCACCUGGUUUUACAAGGGAGACAAGGACAAUAAGUAUGUUCCCUACUUAGAGACCUUCAGUGAAGAAUUGGAGGAAGCUUACAUGAUUGCUGUAACUCUGGAUGAAUGGAAGAAAAAAUUGGAAUCCCCUAGCAGGGAAAUCAUUAUCUUGCACAACCCAAAGCUCAUGGUGCACUACCAUCCAGUUGCUACCUCUGACGACUGGGGUUCAACUCCUAUGGAACAAGGUCGACCUCGAACUGUAAAGAGAGGAGUAGAAAACAUUGCUGCUGAGAUCCCCAAUGGAGAACCUCUGCAAAUUGAUCAUCUGGUUUUCGUAGUUCACGGGAUUGGCCCAGCGUGUGAUAUUCGGUUCCGGAGCAUUGUCCAGUGUGUGAAUGACUUCAGGAAUGUUUCCCUGAACAUGCUGCAAGCACAUUUCAAGAAAGCCCAGGAGCAACAACAGAUUGGCCGGGUUGAGUUCUUACCUGUGAACUGGCACAGCUCCCUCCACUCUACUGGGGUGGACGUUGACCUGGAGCGAAUUACUUUGCCGAGCAUCAAUCGCCUGCGCCACUUCAUAAACGACACCAUUCUGGAUGUUUUCUUUUACAAUAGCUCCACCUAUUGCCAGACCAUCGUUGACACGGUAGCAUCAGAAAUGAACAGGCUGUACCAGCUCUUCCUGCAGAGGAACCCUGACUUUAAAGGAGGGGUUUCCAUUGCAGGUCACAGCUUAGGGUCCCUCAUUUUGUUUGAUCUUCUGACCAACCAGAAGGCUGCUCCUGAGGAUGAAGAGCACAGCAAAGAGGGGUCCAGGACAACUUCAAGCAACGGAGGUGUUGAGCAAGUCAAAGAAAUCCUGAAGACGUUAGAGCUGUCUGAAUACUGUGAUGUUUUUGAGAAGGAGAAAAUGGACAAGCAAGCAUUGUUCUUGUGUACAGAAAAAGAUCUUAAAGAAAUGGGAAUUCCCUUGGGACCAAGAAUGAAGAUCCUACAUUACAUCAGCUCCAAAAGGGAGAUGCAGGAUGUCAGUGACCAGAAAGCAACAGCUGCUGGGCACAGUGGGAAAAGCAGAGUAGAGCCUGGAUCUUCCACUCAGUUUGACUCCGACACCACAAGUGAUGGAAGGAAUUGCCAGUACCGGGAUGUUGGCUUAGGGCAGGUCUCAGCAAACUAUCCUCAGCUAAUCUACAAGCCUACCAUCUUCUUUGCUUUUGGGUCUCCCAUCGGGAUGUUUCUCACUGUGCGAGGAGUGAAGCGGAUCAACCCAAACUACAGCCUGCCCACCUGCAAAGGCUUCUUCAACAUCUUCCACCCCUUUGACCCAGUGGCAUACAGGAUUGAGCCCAUGAUCGUCCCAGAUGUGGAGUUUGAGCCGAUGCUGCUUCCUCACCACAAGGGCAGGAAGCGAAUGCACCUAGAACUGAAAGAAGGGCUGACUCGCAUGAGCGUGGAUCUCAAGAACAACCUGCUGGGAUCCCUGCGGGUAGCCUGGCAGUCCUUCACUCGAGCCCCGUUGCCAGCUGUGGAGGCUGCAGCUACUGACACUGAAGCAGAAGCAGAGACCAGUGUGGAGAAGCAGGCAGAAACAAAGCCAGAGACGCCUGAACCGGUGAAAGAAGAGGCCUCCCACAUUAAUGUGGGGAUGUUGAAUGGAGGGCAUCGCAUAGACUAUGUGCUGCAGGAGAAGCCAAUAGAGAGCUUUAAUGAAUAUUUAUUUGCACUACAAGGCCAUCUCUGCUAUUGGGAGUCAGAAGACACUGUUUUGUUGGUUCUUAAAGAGAUCUACCAGACACAAGGCAUUACACUGGAUCAACCUUUGCCAGGAAGCCAAUGACCAACCUGUGCUCUUCUGGCAGUUUGAU